GUUSCUCGUCUCGUUUUGUACCGUGUUUUAUUUGUUGUUGUCGGGUUAUUUUAUAUMAGAUUUUUCCAGGAGCAGGUGGAAACAUUGACCGUGUAAGAUGUCGGUCGCUGGGUUUAAGAAGCAGUUUUACAAAGCCAGUCAGAUGAUGAGUGAGAGGGUUGGAGGUGCUGAGGGAACCAAACUGGACAGUGACUUCAAGCUACUUGAAAGGAAAGCAGACAUCACCAGUAAAGCCUUACUGGAGGUCAUGAAUAAAACGUCAGAGUACCUCCAGCCCAACCCUGCAACGAGAGCUCGACUUAACAUGCUCAACACAGUGUCCAAGAUACGUGGGCAGGAGAGCAAUCCYGGGUAUCCACAGCCUGAGAGCCUGCUGGGAGAGUCUAUGACUAAAUAUGGACGGGAGAUGGGCGAGGACACCGGCUUUGGUGGGGCUCUUACAGACGUUGGAGAUGCAAUGAAGAGGCUGGCUGAAGUCAAGGAUGCGCUGGAUAUUGAUGUGAAGCAGAACUUUAUUGACCCACUCCAAGCAGUUGCUGACAAGGACAUCAAAGACAUUCAGCACCAACUGAAGAAGUUGGAAGGUCGCCGCCUCGACUAUGAUUAUAAAAAGAAACGUCAAGGGAAAAUCGCAGAUGAGGARAUCAGGGUGGCUCUGGAGAAGUUCAAUGAGUCCAAAGAGCUGGCUGAGAUGUCCAUGCACAACCUGCUGGAAACUGAUCAAGUGGAGCAGAUGAGUCAGCUUUCUUCCUUUGUGGAGUCUCUGCUGCAGUACCACAGGCAGGCCACACAGAUCCUGGAGGAAGUUAACGACAAACUGAAAGAAAGAGUAAACGAGGUGCAGUCCCGUCCAAAGCGUGAAUUCAGGCCUAAACCCAGACAACAAUCGGUUGAGUAUGACGAACCAUCAAAUGGAGGAUAUGCACCUUCUCCUGCAAGCCCUCUAGCUCACGCUCCUGCUCCAUCCUUCAAAAGACCCUCCGUCAAGAACCGACCGUCUGAGCCGAGCUGUAGAGCCCUGUAUGACUUUGAGCCUGAAAACGAAGGAGAGCUGGGCUUCAACGAGGGCGACAUMAUCACUUUGGUCAAACAGAUCGACGAGAACUGGCUUGAAGGGAAGCUCCGUGGCACAACUGGAUACUUUCCCGUCAACUAUGUGGAAGUGAUCGUGCCCCUGCCGUACUAAAUCAAACCAUGCAGGAGAGGAGCAUCAGGACGAUGUAAAAUUAUACUAUCGCAAUUAAAGUGCAAACAUAGCAAGGAAGUAUUUAUCUUUUUCUUCUUUGGGGGGCUAUACGAGGACUCACAUUUGUCAAGAUUGAAUGGAUCAUAAGAACAGCCAGGGGGUCCAUUAGGAAACAAAAGGAUGAUGUGAUGUUUGGGUGCUUUUAUUGUAAGUCUUUAUAAACUCUUCUUUGCACCGAUGCACUUUUUUUUACACUACAUCUUCACCACAUAAGUAAAGACAUGAGAAUUGUGCAUCGGCGUCUAAAAAGUCAAACUACUGCUAUUUUUCUUAUGUGGUUUUAUUCCCCAUAUAACAUAUUUUGUUUUGUAUACUUUGAAUAUUGGAACUACACAAAAACAUGUUUUUAACUGCCGUGCCUCCAGGCUGUUAGUUGCUGCCAUUUUUAGAAUUUGACUCUAUCCUUCACUGCCAUCUGGUGGUACGCUUUGGUGGAGCAACCUUAGCUGUUUGUGUGGUACUGCCAUAUGUUUGUCUUUUGAUAAAACUGGAUUUUGUGGUUUAUAGUUGUUUGACUUACAUCUGCAGCCAGGCCUUACCUGUUAUUAUAUUACAGUUUCUGCCAUCAUCAGGUAUUUUGAGUGCAGAGCCUUACGUGCUGAGAUGUUUCAUAUUUAAACUACUUUUAUUACGCUAAUUAACCUUGUUUUUUUUCUACCUAAAUCUCUACAGCAGUGCUCUGUUUCCAAACACUAAUGCCAAAGAAAGGUUGCUUACGUUUUUCAACUGUAAAUCUUUGGGAUAAAAUGGUCUUGCUUACUCUGGUUUUCAACUUGAAGUAAAAUACUUGACACUGAAGGAUCUAAGCUUACUCCAGAUAUUGAGCAGCUUUGCAUCAAUGCCAACUACCUAACUCCCUUCAGUUCCUCUUUCUCUUUUUCUCAGGCUCUACUGAUGCUGCUGGCAGUGUCACACAAAUGUUUUCAGGGCUUUUAUCCAAGUGUCUGUUCUUGAACACCCCCCUCUCCAGAUAAGCGUGGCUUUGAUUCAGAGCAUGGAAAUCACAGUGAUGUGUGCUUGGCGUUCUUCUACCUGCCUCCAUCUUCAGGCACAAACGGAGCAGAACGCACAUCUUCUCAGUGUUUUUAUAAAUAAUGACGAGGGUCGUCCACAAUCGCUGAUUUCAGUUCCAGUUAAGCUUAUUACAAGCGAACUAUGAACUGUCAGGGUUUGUGCUGUACACUAAAAUGCCACCAUUCUCUUGUCAUGAUCCCCUUGUUAAACUGCCCGCUGCCCCACUCGUCUCUCCCUUUUUUGUUGCAACUACAAGUGGAACAGACAGGCCUUUUCAACAGAGGAGGGCACACAACGGUGGAUUAUGCCCUCCCCCACCAGUCUUUAAUCACCACCUGCCCCCUGUAUCCCGACCCCCCCUUCCUCAUUAUCUGUCCCAUCUCAACCCACAGUGCCUCUGAAGCUCAGACUGUUAGUUGGAAUAUAAUCUUCACUGCCUGUCCUAAAUGUACCUCUUUGCUGUGUGUUUCAGACCCUUGCUGUGUUGAGUAAUAGCUGUGGUUCAGGUGUGGGUUUACACACCUCAUUACACUAAAGUCAAAAACCCUUUUAAAGAGAGCCAGAAGGCUCAGUUUGAGCCGUCAUGCAGCUUGUAUAUUGAUGACAAAUGAAGUUGUGGAACAAAAGGCCUGAGAUCAAUGUUGGUGGGUUGCUGCUGUCACAACUGGAAGAGCAGCAACAUUAUUAUUAAACUAAAUCCUUUAUCAGUUUUGCAAUAUUGAAGUAUUAGCAGACAAAGAUUUAUUUUAUCAUGCACAAUUUUGAGGGAAAACUUCUGUGAAAAAGUAACAUUUUGCAUGCACGCUUUUGACUUAUGCUUGUUUUUGUUACUGUGAUCUUAUGAGAAGACUAAAUGUGGGAUUAUCAUGGAUUACCUCUAUCCUAGGCUCAGUGUAAUCUUGUGUAUAAGAAUGUUUUACUGUGUAUGAAUAGAUGCUUAUCAUUUUCUUUAAUAAAUGUUAAAUUUGUGUCUUUA